AUGAGACGGUCGGAGCAGGAGCUGGCGCAGAUGGAGGAGGAGAAGCUGUGGACGGGCCGCGAGCCGAUGCUCAGCCCGCGGUUUGGGGAUGAUGACGAGGAUGAAGAGCCCGCGGCCGCUGGCGGCUCCGAGACGGAGGCGUGUCUCGGUGACGUUGAGGUGAGAGGGCCCGUCGAGGAGGCGGAGGCGUUGCCUGUAUACGUGUCGAUGCAUCGAGUCCGCCGCCUCAUUGUCGCGAGCAUAGACGACCCGUACACUGUCGACCAGCUCAGCGACCCACGGCUCAAUGUGCGCAUUGUCCGCCCGCUCGUGGACAGACUCUACAAUCCAAAAGAUGUCACGAUAGUCUACUGCCUCCUCGCAAACCGCCUGUACUUCCUCCGCCAGCACUCCUCAACAAUCCACCAACCCCUCGCCAAAGCCCGCGCCGCCCUCGCCGAACUCGUCGCCACGCGCCUCUUCCGCCGCUUCCACGAAGACAACCCGGGCGCGCAGGGCCUGCUCGCGCUCUCGCGCAUGCUCGUCGGCGGCUUCGACCCCUUCGAGGGCGCCCCUUCGGCCGUCGAGUUCGAGGGCCGCAGCCGUCGGCAGUGGGCCGUGCAGCCGCGCCCCGGCGGCCACGAGCGCAAGCUCACGGCGCUCGAGCUCGCCAUCCUCUCGGAGAGCAAAGGCUUCAUCGCCUCCGCGGGCUGCCAGCGCGUCGUCACCGCCGUGUACGAGGGGCGCGUGGUGUACACGCCGCUGAGCUUCGUGGACAUCCUGCCCGACCACUUUGAGUACCGGCCCAUCUCGCUGUACGACCCGCGCAAGGCGCCGAUCCUCAACCACUACCGCCUCAUCGUGCCGCGCGCGCGCAACCUCAUCGAGCUGGGGCAGUUUUUGUUGUUGAUGGUGCUGUAUUUCAUGGCGAUGCUGUACCGCCGCAGCAGCAACGAGGUGUACGAGUUUCUGUUUUGUAUCUACGCGGCGGGGUGGGUGCUCGACGAGGUGGCGGCCAUCGUCGAGCACGGCUGGGCGGUGCACGCGCAGAACCUCUGGUCCUGGCUCGACGUGACCUUCUCCUGCAUCUACGGGGUCUACAUCCUCGCGCGCGUGUACGACGUCGCGGCGGGCAGCUUCCCGGACGGCCACGGCCCGCACGUGCUCCCGCUCGCGGCGCCGAUCCUGCUCACGCGCGUGGCGUUCAACAUCGCGCCGGACAACAUCGUGCUGAUCUCGCUGCACGCGAUGAUGGCGGACUUUUUGUUGGUGUCGCUGCUCGCGUGCUGGUGCUUCAUGGGGUUCCUGCUGGCGCUGCAGUGGCUGAUCGACUCGAACGACAACCUCAACGAGACACCCUCCUGGUUCACGAUCGGGAAAUGGAUGCUCUGGAUCUGGUUCGGGCUCGACGGCACGGGGAUCGAGGAGAGCGUGCAGUUCCACGUGCUGCUGGGCCCGGCGCUGAUGAUCGGGUUCGCGUUUUUGGGGAACACGCUGUUCCUGACGAUCCUGGUCGCGAUGCUGACGAACACGUUUUCGAAGAUUGUCAAGGGCGAGGAGGCGGAGGUGCAGUUCCGCAGGGCGGUGCUGACGUUCGAGGGGGUGAGGUCGGACGCGCUGUUCAUGUACCCGCCGCCGUUUAAUGUGUUUGCGCUGGUGGUGCUCGCGCCGGUGCGGUUCUUCGUGGAGGCGGAGACGUUUCAUAGGGUGAAUGUGGCGCUGAUACGCGUGGUGAACCUGCCGACGCUGCUGCUGAUCAGCCUGUGGGAGCGGCGGCUGUUCUCGCGGCGGGCGUGGAGGGGGAUGGCGGGCGGAGGGGGGAGGAGGCGGUGGUGGAGGUUUUCGGGGCUGAGUCCGCACGGGGAUAUACAGGCCGUGUUCGAGACGCGGCCGCCGCCUGAUGUGGCGGAUCUGAUUGAGGGGCUGGAUGCGCUGGAGGAGAAGGAGGAGGGAGUGAGGUUGCGGGCGGGGGUUCGGACGGCGGUGCUGGAGCAUGAUGAUUGA